AUGGAGGAUCUCUCUCGUGCUAACAGUCUCUUCGCUCUGGAUCUCUAUCGGGCUCUGAGCGCAAGAAACGCUGAGGGAAACAUGUUCUUUUCUCCACUAAGCAUUAGCGCAGCGCUCAGCAUGGUUUAUUUGGGAGCCCGAGGAGAGACAUCUGAAGAAAUGGCAAAGGUUUUGUCCUUUAGUUCUAUUUCUGAUGUUCACUCUCAUUUUGAGACCCUCACCUCAACUAUCAACAGUCCAUCAGCCUCCUACAGCCUCAAACUUGCCAACCGUCUCUAUGGAGAGGAAACCUGUAACUUCUUACCUGAGUAUUUGGACUCCACUCUGAAGCUGUACCACGCUGAACUUCAGGCUUUGAACUUUAUUGGAGCAUCUGACAAGUCAAGACAACUCAUUAACAAAUGGGUGGAAGAGCAAACAGAGAAUAAAAUUAAAGAUCUUCUCAAGCCGGGAACGGUGACUCGAAUGACUCGACUAGUUCUGGUUAAUGCCAUCUACUUUAAAGGGAACUGGAUGCAUAUAUUUAAAGCAAGAGAAACUAAAGAAAUGCCAUUUAAAAUAAACCAGAAUGAGAGCCGGCCUGUGCAAAUGAUGUACCAGAGUAAAAAGUUCCCCUUCCGUGGCAUCCCAGAGUAUGAACUGCAGGUGCUAGAACUGCCUUAUAAACAAGAGGAGCUCAGCAUGUUGAUCCUUCUUCCAAAUGAAACUCAGGAUGGCUCUGACCCUCUUCUGAAACUGGAGAGCGAGUUGACCCUUGACAAGCUGCUUGACUGGACUGAAAGAGACAAAAUGGCCACUUCGAUGACUAUCAGAGUCCAUUUGCCAAAGUUCAAGCUGGAGGUUGACAGCUCCCUAUCAGAAAUACUGCAAGAGAUGGGGAUGAGCUCUGUGUUCCAGGAAACAAAGGCUGAUCUGACAGGCAUGAGCACUCAGGCUGGUCUCUCCAUUUCAGCAGUGAUCCACAAAGCAUUUGUUGAGGUGAAUGAGGAAGGCACUGAGGCAGCAGCAGCCACUGCAAUCUGUUUGCUUGGCCGUGCCCGUGCCCGUGAGCGAGAAUUUCAGAGUUUCAAAGCAGAUCAUCCCUUCAUGUUCUUCAUCAGGCACAACCCCACUAACAGCAUUCUCUUUGCUGGCAGAUUCAGAGCUCCAUCCUAGAAAUGUGGUGUUUUCUGUCUUUUAAACCCAAAUUAAGAAAUGUGUUUUUCUCAGAAUGUUUUAUCAAAUAAAUC